AUGGAACGCACGUUGUCGCUGGGCCCUAACUACAACGUCCAAAACAACAGGAGUAUUCCAUACGUUCGGUUCGUUGCCGACGUCGAGAAUGCGAUUAGGAAGAAAACGGAGUUUGUCGGCGAAGACGUCGAAGAAGCGGCCAAGAAGCGGACCGAAGCCGAAGAUAUGAGAGCGGAGGUUUCUAACAUGAUAUCCAACUACGUAAACUACCAACACCAACAACACCCAAAAGAAAACAACUGGAUCCAACAGGACAUCAUGCGUAGUAAACACUUCUUGAGAGCGAACGAUCAGCUGUACGUGACAAGGGCAGACAAAGGGAAUAAGGUGGUUGUCAUCGGAGCAGAAGAGUAUCGAAGUAAGAUGAGAGAACUUGUAAACGACACAACCACGUACAGACAGCUUGAAGGGGAUCCCACUCACACCAUCUUGAGUGAGCUAAACACUCUUGUCAAGCAAUGGUGGACAGAUAAACAAAUUAGUGGCCCCAAGAAACGGGAGCUGCUUCUGUUCCACUGCAACCCCCCGCGGAUCUACGGCCUCCCCAAAAUCCACAAACCGAACAGACCACUCCGCCCGGUAGUGUCGACGAUUGGGACAGCCACAUACAAAAUGGCCAAGUUCCUCGCGGGCAUACUGGGUCAUCUGGUAGGGAAGACCAACAGUCACGUGAGGAGCAGCUUCACCUUCGCUGAAGAGAUCACUAAGGUGGAAGUACCUGAUGGCUGCGUUAUGUACUCGCUGGAUGUAGUCUCGUUGUACACUAACAUCCCGGUGGACAAAAUCUACAGGUGUAUCAAGUACGAAGGUAAGAUUUACGGCCAAACCUUCGGCGUCCCGAUGGGGUCUCCUCUCUCUUCGGUAGUCUCCGACAUUGUGAUGGAAAAGCUCGAACGAAAAAACAUCAACAAACUGCAGCAGAAAAACAUCACACUCCAUGUGUACAAACGCUACGUCGACGACUGCUUUGUGGUAGGAAGAGAAGAAGACAUUGCCACCGUCGUUGAUACCUUCAACUCAACGUACGAAAGCCUGCAGUUUACGUUGGAGAGAGAGAAAGACGCCUCCAUUAGGUUUCUCGAUCUCACGUUGACUAGAGCAGGACGAAAGAUCGAGAAGAAGUGGUACCCCAAACAAGAGAACGGUCGAUACCUGGACUACCUCUCGGAGAGUCCACGGUGUCACAAACGCAACACUGCUAUUGCUCUGGUUGACCGGGCACUUAUGCUAACCGAUCCGGACAAGCGACCCGAGAGCAUACGCAUAGUAAAGAACAUCCUACGGACCAACAACUAUCCAGCAUGGUUCAUCUCGCGCACUCUAAAGGAGAGGGUGCACUUUCUGUACAACUCUCUCGAGCGGGAGAGAAAAAGAGACGAGAGAGCGAACUCGUACGCAUCAGUGGCGUAUAUCCCUCACCUCAGCGAGAAGGUUGGGAAAGCGCUACGCAAACACGGCGUUGUCGCUGCAUACAAGCCAAACAACAAGAUCAAGAACACGGUUUUCAGCAAAUUGAAGGAUAAAAUCCCCAUGAUGCAGCAGACAAACGUCGUGUACAGCGUACCGUGCGGAGCCUGUGCCGACAAGGUGUACAUCGGACAAACCUCGCAGAAGCUUGAGAAGAGGCUGAGACAGCACAAGGACGCGGUCAGAACCAACACCCCCAGCUCUGGUCUUGCCCAGCACUCGUUGGAGUUAGGACAUGUAUUCGACUUCUCCCGAGCGAGCAUUGUGGAGAAGGUCGAAACCGAGAGACUGAGAUGUACAGCAGAGAUGUUACACAUCAAAAUGAGGGGCAGUGGAGCCGUCAACCUGCAGAGAGAGUCGGCGUCGCUCUCGUCGUCGUACAACUGCCUGCUCAAGAAGAUACGCGAGACGGAAAGAGCGACGCGGCCAGCUGUAGCAGUCCAGGCAACCCAGCAGGAGGAGUAG